UCUCUCUCUCUCUCCUAAUAACCAGGUGGAGAUUCUGGUACUUAAAGAAUGGUGAAGUUCUCUAAAGAGCUUGAAGCCCAACUCAUCCCUGAAUGGAAAGAUGCAUUUGUCAAUUAUUGGCAGCUCAAGAAACAUGUUAAGAAGGUUAAACUAUCAAGGAUGUUGAAGCUUUCACAAACAACUUGUAGUCAUGAUUAUGGCAUCUCUAUAUUCGACCCUGUUUGCUCUUUCUUUCGCCAUCUUUCAUCUAGUGUCACCAAUCACCAACCGGAUCAGAUUCUUCAGGUGAAAAACACUCUUUCCGAACAAGGUGAUGAAUCAGGUGAAGAUGAAAACGAUGACGCUGAACUUGUUGAGCAUUUGAACUCGGAGGAAGACGAGUUGAAGGUGUUCUUUGAGAAAUUGGAUGAGGAAUUGGAUAAGGUGAACCGGUUUUAUACCAAUAAAGAAAGCGAGUUCCUUGAGAGAGGAGAAAUGCUGAAUAAACAGCUCCAAAUAUUAUUUGACCUCCAGCAAGUUCUUGGUUGCCGGAGACAAUCUUCAGGCAGGUUUAAUUUCUCACGAUCCGCAACCUCCUCCCGACUCAUCCGCUCUUACUCGUCUGGCCGUACCUCUGACUCUGACUCCGAAACUCCCACGGAGUUUGCAGAAAGGCUUGGAGAGGGGACACAGACAAAUGAUGUGAUUUCAGCUGUAGAAAAAAAUGGUAUCAACCUACUUGCUGGUGCUGCUACUAGAGGAAAGACUAAAAAGGGAAAGCCUAAAGUGGCCAUGCGAAUCGAUAUUCCAGCAACCACCCCUACAAGAACCAUAACAGCAGUAACAUCAAUGCUAUGGGAAGAUCUAGUAAACAAUCCUAAGAAAGAAGGUGGACCAAGUGAAUACGUCAAUCGCAAGAAGCUCCAAUGCGCGGAAAAAAUGAUCAGAGGGGCUUUUGUGGAACUUUAUAGAGGUCUUGGUCUAUUAAAGACGUAUAGCUCUCUGAAUAUGGUGGCAUUUGUGAAAAUACUGAAGAAAUUUGACAAGGUUUCUAAUCGACAGUCUUCGGCAACUUAUCUAAAAGCUGUCAAAAGAUCUCAUUUCAUUAGUUCUGAUAAGGUGGUAAAAUUAAUGGAUGAGGUGGAAUCUUCUUUCACUAAACACUUUGCCAAGGAUGACAGGAAAAAGGCGAUGAAAUUUUUGAGGCCAUGUCAACCAAAAGACUCUCACAUGGUCACGUUCUUUGUUGGACUGUUUACGGGUAGUUUUAUAACCCUUUUCUCUCUAUAUGCAAUAUUGGCACAUACUAGUGGCAUGUUCUCCCAUGGUACACAAACUAACUAUGUUGAAACUAUCUACCCCGUCUUCAGCAUGUUUGCACUGUUGAGCUUGCAUAUGUUUAUGUAUGGCUGCAACCUUUUCAUGUGGAAGGUGACAAGGAUUAAUUACAACUUCAUAUUUGAAUUCCAAGAUGGUACAACACUCAAGUAUAGAGAUGCAUUUCUCAUUUGUACAUGCAUGAUGACUACAGUGGUUUCUGCCAUGGUACUACAUCUCAUUUUGGUUUCAAAUGGAUUUUCACCUAAUCAAGUUGACAUUAUUCCGAGCAUUCUUUUCUUGAUAUACAUUGGAAUACUUGUAUGUCCAUUGAACAUGUUUUACCGCCCAACUCGUUACUGUUUCCUUAGAGUCAUACGAAACAUCAUCUACUCUCCUUUAUACAAGGUUUUGAUGAUUGAUUUCUUUAUGGGAGAUCAACUUACUAGUCAGAUCCCGUUGUUGAGGCAUAUGGAAUCAACAACAUGUUAUUUCCUUGCAGGAAGUUUUAAAACACAUCAUUUUCAUACUUGUAAAGCAGGGAAGUUAUAUCCAGAGCUUGCUUAUGUAAUCUCUUUUGCUCCUUACUAUUGGCGAGAUGGUUUGACGAGUGUGACGUUAACCACUUGGCUAACUUGGCUAUACUGGGACUUUGUCAAGGACUGGGGACUUCUUGAUCUUGAUUCAAAAAACAAAUGGCUUCGAGAUGAACUUGUUCUUAAGAAAAAAGGAUUUUACUACACAGCCAUUGCAUUGAAUUUUGUUUUGAGGGUCGCUUGGUUAGAAAUAGUACUGCAAUUCAAAGUUGGAUUGUUUGAAUCACGCUUGCUUGAGUUUUCUCUUGCUUCGUUAGAAGUGAUUCGUCGUGGGCAUUGGAAUUACUAUAGGUUGGAAAAUGAGCACUUAAAUAAUGUUGGAAAGUUUAGAGCAGUGAAAAAUGUUCCUUUACCAUUUCAUGAGACGGAUUCUGAUGGCUGAGAAGUUUGUCUUAUGUCCUUGUCUAGUUUCCCCUAUCAAGUGUAUCUAAAGGGCAUAACAUGAUGUAGUGCGGGUGUCAUCUUUUGUUAUAUAGUGGCAUAUAUGGAAUGGUUUGGACAAUGUGAAUCAGAGUCAUCAAAAAUCAUAUAUAACUAAUAGACUGUGACAUCUCCAAUUUCACGGCCAGAAAAGACAG